CCUGCUGGUAUGUGGCGGCUGCGGCGGAGCGUGCAGGCAUCUAGUCUUGCUGGCUCAACAAGCCUGAUAAACAUGAAGCUGCUGUGUCUGGUGGCUGCGGUGGGGUGCUUGUUGGUACCCCCAGCUCAAGCCAACAAGAGCUCUGAAGAUAUCCGGUGCAAAUGUAUCUGUCCACCAUAUAGAAACAUCAGUGGGCACAUUUACAACCAGAAUGUGUCUCAGAAGGACUGCAACUGCCUGCAUGUGGUGGAGCCCAUGCCAGUGCCUGGCCACGAUGUGGAAGCCUACUGUCUGCUCUGCGAGUGCAGGUACGAGGAACGGAGCACCACCACCAUCAAGGUCAUCAUUGUCAUCUACCUGUCUGUGGUGGGGGCGCUCUUACUCUACAUGGCCUUCCUGAUGCUGGUGGACCCCUUGAUUCGAAAGCCAGACGCUUACACUGAGCAGCUGCACAACGAAGAGGAAAAUGAGGAUGCACGCUCCAUGGCAGCAGCAGCUGCAUCCAUUGGAGGACCCCGAGCAAACACUGUCCUGGAGCGAGUGGAAGGCGCUCAGCAGCGAUGGAAGCUGCAGGUGCAGGAGCAGAGGAAGACAGUCUUCGACCGGCACAAGAUGCUCAGUUAGAUGUAUCAGGGAGCCAGAUCAUGGCUGCCAGCUUCUGGGGCUGGACAGAGCAAGUGACCAGUUCCCUUCCCUCAUUCCAGUCUCCCUGGGUCUUCCCUACAAAAGCCCCUGGCAUCUGCCCUUCUUCCUCUCUAGCAGUACACUCGACUGUUAUGACUAGGGAGUGUGGCUGGGUCUCUGGUCUCUAGUAUCUCUCCAGGUCUCUGGGGUUGAGAGGUGGGAAGGCAAGACAGAAGGAACAGAGACGUAUGACAUGACCACAAGACUGGGUAGAAUUCAUCCCUCCUUGUUCUGUCUUCUCCGCUUCUCCCAGCUCUUCAGCUUAGGGAAUCUUUCUGCCCUUUGGGAGAUAGAACUGUCAUUAAGAACUCUGGAUACCCAGGGUGCUGUAGUCCUCAUUCCUACUUCCUCCGGUGCCAGUACUUUAGCUCCUACUUGGCCUGGACCCAGCCUCAGGAACUGUUCUGGUGCCACUGAGCCCAUGGUGGUCUCCAGAACCCACCUGGAAGCCUCCUUCCCUCUCCUUGGCUCCUGGUCCACCAAUACAUGGCAGUGCCCAGGCAUGCCAGCAUACUCAGCGACUGUCACCUUCCUCACGUCUCAGGAGGCCAUGCAGCCUCCCAUCUCUUUCCAGUGACUGCAGCUGCUGAGCCAUCAAGUUGAACCAUAUGACAGGGAGCUGAGCAGAAGGGGACUGGAAUACCAUGGCUCCUGUCCUGGGAUGGCCUCUUGUCUCUGGAUUUCAUUGUACCAUGCAUGGAGAGAAAUGUUUGUCUUUCUGUUGUCUGUAAAUCAAGGAAGCCAUUAAAUUGUUUUAUUUCUCAAA